UCUCUCCUUUGAAUUUUCUCCGUUGAAUUCUCCCAUCCCAAAUUCCCUUUUAAGUCCCCCAAUAUCGCGAUCACACAAAGGAAAACGAAAAUCCCCCCAAACUGACCUCAGAACGCGUUUCACACCUUGGAAUUUCUCUUUCCCUUUUCCCCCUUUUCUUGGAUUUUGAUUUAUCUUGGUUUCGUUUUUCUUAGAAAUUCCAAUACCUCUGCAAUUGAAUUCUCGAUUCCCGGCGUUUCGAGCGGCAGAUUUUCAUUCCGCAUUCUGUUUGUUUUUCGGUCCUUCUUUCUUUUGAGAGCGGAGAUUCCAAAGGUCGGUAACGGUCAUGGAUUCAGAUAAGAAAUCGAAGAUUUCCAAUUUGGGCGCUUGGGCGAUGAACAUAAUCAGCUCCGUCGGUAUAAUCAUGGUGAAUAAGCAGGUCAUGUCGUCGAGCGGCUACAAUUUCAGAUUCGCGACCACUUUAACCGGAUUUCACUUCACCGUGACCGCACUCGUCGGUUGGAUCUCGAAUGCUACUGGAUACUCUGCAUCGAAGCAUGUUCCUCUGUGGGAUCUGCUUUGGUUUUCCAUCGUUGCGAAUCUAUCAAUUACUGGGAUGAAUUUCAGCCUCAUGCUCAAUUCCGUCGGGUUUUAUCAGAUUUCGAAAUUGAGCAUGAUACCGGUGGUAUGUGUGAUGGAGUGGAUUCUUCAUAAUAAGAAUUACUCUGGUCGGGUGAUGAUGGCAGUGUUUGUUGUGGCUCUCGGUGUUGGUGUUUGUACGGUCACAGAUGUGGAUAUUAACUUGAAGGGUUUUCUUUGUGCUUUUGUUGCCGUGUUUUGUUCUUCUCUGCAGCAGAUUUCAAUUGGUUCUUUGCAGAAGAAGUAUAGCAUUGGCUCUUUUGAGCUCCUGAGCAAAACUGCUCCCAUACAGGCUGCCUCUCUUCUCCUGUUUGGCCCGCUUGCAGACUAUUACCUCAAUGGGCGCUUCAUCUUAAACUACCAGUUAUCUUAUGGAGCCACAUUCUUCAUACUUCUUUCCUGCUCUCUAGCGGUCAUCUGCAACAUGAGCCAGUACCUGUGCAUUGGGCGUUUCUCCGCUGUAUCCUUCCAAGUCCUGGGCCACAUGAAAACUGUCUGCGUACUUACACUGGGAUGGCUGUUGUUCGACUCGGCGCUAACUUUCAAAAACAUACUUGGAAUGGUGCUUGCUGUCCUUGGCAUGGUAAUCUACAGCUGGGCCAUAGAGUCUGAGAAACUGGGGAAUGUGAGGAUGUCGCCAUCACUUCAUAUCAGGAAAGAUGCCCAACUAGAAGAGGGUGUAAGGCUCUUGAAAGAUAGAGAUAGUAUUGUGGUGAGUGAUGUUGAGAUCGGACAGAUAAAGAGUUAAAAAAAGUCCGGCUUAUUAAUCAUUUAUUAAUUUGUCAUUGUUAGUGUAUAUUAAUUCAAGGAAAAUGAUAUUUCACCCAA